UCCGGACCUCUUACAUUCUUCCGACCAAAUAAAAUAAUGUUACCAGCUGGUUCUUCUUGGUACCUUAAUCCGUUCCAUCGAGGAACUUUGAAGAACCAAAUUCGUAAUUCAACAGGAAGACGUCCCGAAUGCUCGUCAUCAAUGCUAAGCACAUGCACGAACAUCCAUGUGAAGGGAAUUAAAAGGAAACAACAGUAAAAAAUUUUAAACAAACGAAGCGAGCAAAGGGCAGGCCCUAUAAAAACAACGCAGGCCUAGGUUCAUGCGUCCAGCUUUCCCUGCCUUACUCCCCUCCUCUUUCCUCUUCACGCCCUUCCGGUCACUAUGCGUUUCUCCGCACCCGAGGAAGAAGAUCAUCCCAGCAAAUAGGAGAGUGAGACAGAGAGGAUCAACCAUAACUUGAUGGAUCUCUUGAAGUCCAAAAUGAGAGAACACGGACGGAUUCUCCAUUUGCUCUUCAUUUUAGCUGUUAGCUUCCAUUUUCUUCUCGACUCACCUGGGGUUUCAGCAGAAACAGAGUCAGCCUACCCCACUUGCGCUGCUUCAGACAGAGCUACUCUUCUGAGCUUCAAAUCCAGCAUUUUGAGAGAUACAACAGGCUUUCUGUCCACAUGGGUUGGUGAAGACUGCUGUGGAGCAUGGGAGGGAAUCCAGUGUGAUACCAAAACAGGAAGGGUGAUUGUAUUGCAACUGCAAGCAGGUUCAGAUGGCACCAGCUUCAUGAAGGGCGUCCUUUCCCCUUCUUUAGGUAACCUUGAAUUCUUGCAGGUCAUGUUGAUCUCAGGGAAGCAGAUCAUGGGCCCGAUCCCUGAAAGCAUUUCCAAGUUAUCAUCUCUCACACAACUGUAUUUGGAAGACAACAUGCUGGGAGGAAGUAUUCCUUCAAGCUUGGGUAAGUUGACCUUGCUCGAGGCCCUCUCUCUCAGUGGUAACAGGUUGGGGGGAGUUGUUCCUCCAGAACUGGGGAGCCUAAAGAAUCUGGUGCAGAUAAAUCUGGGGAAGAAUGUCUUAACAGGAGGAAUUCCGUCCACAUUGGGAAAACUUCGUCGCCUGGAGUCCCUUGACCUCUGCUCCAAUAGUUUGUCUGGGCACAUUCCUGAUUUUUUUGGGGAACUGAAGAAUCUCAAAUAUAUUGACCUAUCUGACAAUGAAUUCAGUGGGAGUUUACCAAAUUCAAUUAGCAACUUGCCGUAUAUUCACAGCUUAAUUUUAAACAACAACCACCUUACUGGUGAGCUCCCACGCCAGAUUGGUAAUUUGAGAUCUCUUUGCACUCUUUCUGUCAGCCAAAAUCUCCUUACAGGCACCAUUCCAGAUUCACUGAGCAGACUACCAAACCUAUGGCAUCUUAACCUCUCAAGAAACGGGUUUUCUGACCCGUUGCCUGCUUCUCUUGCUCAAGGCAUGCCUUCCCUGUUGCGCAUCGAUCUUUCAUACAACAAUCUCCAUUUGGGUAGUGUCCCAGCUUGGAUUGCGAACAGAGAAUUGAGAGAUGUCCACCUUGCAGGGUGCAGAAUCGAAGGGCCACUCCCACAUUUUUCGAAUGCUUCCAGCCUGAAUUCUAUAGAUCUAUCUGAUAACUCCCUGACGGGUCAAAUUGGCAACUUCUUCGUCUCAAUGACAAGUUUAGACACAGCAAAGUUGUCAAACAAUAUGCUAGAAUCAGAUGUAUCAGGAAUUAUCCUUCCAAGUGGGCUGUCUCUCAUCGACAUGCAUUCGAACAGGCUUUAUGGAUCCAUUUCUGCAUUUAUCACAAACAACAUCGGCAAAUUUCUGGAGAUUGUGAACUUGUCUUGGAAUAGGAUUGAAGGGACACUUCCUGAGUUUAGGCAGGGUUCAAAUCUAAGAUCACUGGAUUUGUGUAGCAACAGAAUUGCAGGCACAAUCCCCAACUCAAUGUCAAACUUGGUCAAUCUUCGGAGGCUGGAUAUCUCAAGAAACAACAUUCAGGGUAACAUCCCUGCAAACUUGGGCCAAUUGCAGUCUCUAGAAUGGCUUGAUGUCUCCACCAACAGACUUGGAGGGAACAUCCCUAAGACCCUUGGCAGCCUAAGGCAUGCAAACUUCAGAAGCAAUUAUCUUUGUGGGCAAAUACCACAGAAGAGGCCUUUCAACGUCUUCCCUGCAGCAGCAUAUGCGCACAACCAAUGCUUAUGUGGAGCUCCGCUUCCAUCCUGCAGCAGAACAGAGCUCCAGAGGUGAGUCAUAGCGCAGACAAGCUGCCACAAUGGAAUCCAUCCUCCGCAUCCUUGCUGGUUACCUUCCUCAACCGAACAUCAUAUCAUAAAAAAGUAAACAAGUUCGAGGCCGAUUAACUGAUCGACUGAUAACCGACUGACAUUUAUUCAGUUCCUCUUUUUAUCCUUGAUUUUUUAUUUCCUUUUUCCUAGUUUAUUCUUGUGGCCCAGAGUUGUUUCGAUCCCCAUGUACUACCCUUUUCCUUUUCUGAAUUAUCACUGCUAAUUCUAUCUUA